CCAAGUCCUUUCUAUACUCAUACAACACAUACCUCCUUGGCUUGAACUAGUUUCUAUCUGAUCACAUUCACAAUGGGCUUCGCUUUGAAGAGGCCAGAUGAUGCCGUGGGCUCUGCUGCCCCGGCUAUCAUGAUUGGAUUGUUCGUUGCAUUCGGUGGUGUUCUCUUUGGAUAUGACACAGGUACCAUCAGCGGUAUCCUCGCCAUGAAGAAAUGGCGCGAGAUGUUCUCAACCGGCUUCAUCAACGAGAAGGAUCACUUGCCCGAUGUCACCUCCUCCCAAUCAUCCAUGAUUGUCUCUCUCCUCUCAGCUGGAACUUUCUUCGGUGCCCUUGGCGCCGCCCCUAUCGCUGAUAAAUUGGGUCGUCGAUGGGGAAUGAUCGUUGAGAGUGUCGUCUUUGUCUUUGGAGUCAUCCUCCAAACCAUCUCAACCUCUAUUCCCCUCUUCGUCGCCGGCCGUUUCUUCGCCGGUUUGGGUGUCGGUCUCCUCUCCGCCACAAUCCCCCUCUACCAAUCCGAGACUGCACCCAAAUGGAUCCGUGGUACAAUCGUCGGUGCCUACCAACUCGCCAUCACAAUCGGUCUCCUCCUCGCUGCCAUCGUCAACAACGCUACCAAGGACCGUGAUGACACUGGCUGCUACCGAAUCCCCAUUGCUGUCCAAUUCGCCUGGGCCAUCAUCCUCGUCGUCGGCAUGCUGGUUCUUCCCGAAACCCCCCGUUUCCUGAUCAAGCAAGACCGCUAUGAAGAGGCUACCAAGGCCCUCGCUCGUCUCCGUCGCAUGGACGUGAGCGACCCUGCCAUCGUCGCUGAACUUGCCGAGAUCCAGGCAAACCACGAAUACGAAAUGAGUCUUGGAAAGGCCACCUACUUCGAGAUCGUCCGUGGAUCCCUCGGCAAGCGUCUCGCAACUGGCUGCGCUGUCCAGGGUCUGCAGCAGCUUGCUGGUGUCAACUUCAUCUUCUACUACGGUACCACCUUCUUCCAGAACUCCGGCAUCCAAAAUUCCUUCGUCAUCACUCUGAUCACCAGCAUCAUCAACGUCGUCUCCACCUUCCCCGGUCUCUACAUGGUCGAGAAAUGGGGUCGCCGUCCUUUGCUCAUGUUCGGUGCUGUCGGAAUGUGCGUCUCGCAACUCAUUGUCGCAAUCGUUGGCACAGCCAUCGACUCCGAUGUCUCGAACAAGGUCCUCAUUGCCUUCGUGUGCAUCUACAUCUUCUUCUUCGCCAGUUCCUGGGGCCCCGUUGCCUGGGUCGUCACCGGUGAACUGUUCCCCCUCAAGGCUCGCGCCAAGUGUCUCUCCAUCACCACCGCCACCAACUGGCUGCUCAACUGGGCUAUUGCCUACGCUACUCCGUACAUGGUGAACAGCGGACCUGGAAAUGCCAACCUCCAGUCUAAGGUGUUCUUCAUCUGGGGUGGAUUCUGCUUUGUCUGUGGUGUGUUUGUUUACACUUGCAUUUACGAGACCAAGGGUCUUUCCCUUGAGCAGGUUGAUGAACUUUACUCCAAGGUUCCCCGCGCUUGGAACUCUGUUGGCUGGGUUCCUUCCGUUAACUACACUGAGCAGCUUGAGUUUGAUGCUGGUGAGAAGAAGGCUGAGGCUGCUACCCACCUUGAGAGUGUUGGUCCUAAGACUGAAGCUUGA